CGGUAAAAUUCGUUGUUAUGAUCAUGUGACCCAGUGACGUGUGGCCUCCGAAGCCGCUGUGGGACAAACAGGAUGUGCAGACAGGCUAGCAGUGAUGCGGUAAAGAAAAGAUCGUACAGAGUCACAUUUAGUGGUGAUGCGAAAUCGGAGCUCCCUGACCGCGGAGAGGGACAGUGACCUGGAACUGAAGCAGCGUCCCGGCAGAGAGGCGGCGGAGCCCGCGUCCGGCGGCCGACAGGGCCCGGAAGUGAAGCCGAGCAUGGGGAAGAAGCCCUUCAGAAGGUUGGGGCUGCUGGGGAAUAUGAAGAGGAUCAUGAUGGUGCUGCUCCUGGUCUACAUCUCCAUCCCCUUCAUCAUCAAACUCUUCCCUUCCAUCCAGGCCAAACUUGUCUUCCUAAACUUUGUGAGGGUGCCGUACUUCAUCGACCUGAAGCGACCACUGGACCAGGGACUGAACCACACACACAACUUCUACCUGGAGGCUGAGGCGGGCCUGAAGAUCGGAGUCUGGCACACGGUUCCCGCUCGGAUGUGGAGGGAAGCUCAGGGGAAAGAUGGCGACUGGUACGUCUCCACUUUUAACUCCGCCCACCCCGUCAUCCUCUAUCUCCAUGGAAACGCAGGGACAAGAGGGGGCGACCACCGGGUGCAGCUGUACAAGGUCCUCAGUUCAUUGGGAUACCAUGUGGUGACGUUUGAUUACAGAGGGUGGGGCGAUUCAGAUGGAUCGCCAUCAGAGCGAGGGAUGACAUCAGACGCUCUCUUCAUCUAUGAUUGGCUGAAACAGAGGAUGGAGAAAUCUCUUCCGCUUUACAUCUGGGGCCACUCUCUGGGGACCGGAGUUGCCACAAAUCUGGUGAGACGGCUUUGUGACCGAGGAAGUCCUCCGGACGCUCUGAUCUUGGAGUCUCCGUUUACCAACAUCCGAGAGGAGGCCAAGAGCCACCCGUUCUCCAUGGUGUACCGCUACCUGCCUGGAUUUGACUGGUUCUUCCUGGACGCCAUCUCAGCUAACAACAUCCGCUUCGCCAGCGAUGAGAAUAUCAACCACAUCUCCUGUCCGGUUCUGAUCCUGCAUGCUGAGGACGACAGCGUUGUUCCGUUCCAUCUUGGGAAAAAGCUCUACAAUCUGGCAUCGCAGUCGAAGAGCCUCAGCGGUCACAAAGUUCAGUUCGUGGCGUUCCUGCCAUCUCUUGCCUACAAACACAAGUUCAUCUACAGGAGCCCGGAGCUGCCAAACAUCCUCAGUGAUUUCCUCGGAACAACUCGUCCCGUUGCGGCGUGAGGACGGACUGAUGGACACGCCCUUUAACCUCUUAUCAAUACAAACAAGAGACUCACCGUUUUCUCGGACUGAACUCAACAUUCCUCCGUUAGCAUUCCCAUCACCCCUGACUGAUGUCACGGCUCACACGGUUACCAUGGUGACCGUGGUCCUGUGGACUGAAGAGACUGAAAGGGCGAAAGAAAAGUUUUGUCUAGGUUUUUUUCGGCAGCUGAUUCUUCAUCACUUGCAUGGUUUCUCCUCCUCCUCCGAUUAUAACUCACCUGUCUGGAAUCAGUCUGUUUGAAGCCUGUUUUGACUUGAAUUAAGAAUAAAAUAUUUUGUUUUA